AUGCUGAAGAAGCUCGGUGAAAUCCAUGAGAAGAGGGUCGUGUUGAGCGUCUGGUGGGGAGUUCAUGGAAUCUACCGUUUCGGACUACUGCCGAACAACACGACAGUUGCUGCCGAGGUCUACUGCGCUCAACUGCAAAGACUGGCCGACAAGAUCAGCAAGGAGCACCCGAAGCUUGACAACGUUUGUCUGCUGCACGAUAACGCGCGCCCUCACAUCGCGAAGAAGACUUCCCAGAAAAUUCUGGAGCUCGGGAAGUGGGAUGGGAAGUUCUGCUGCACCCACUGCCCGGAACUUGCCUCUGACUACCACCUCUUCCGAUCGCUUCAGCAUCACCUGGAAGAGAAGAGCUACGAUGAUCGUGACCACCUCGAAAAUUACCUUCGGGCUUUCUUCGCCUCUAAGUCGCCGGAGUUCUACUCCAAAGAAAUCCGUGAUCUUGUGAGACGUUGA